AUGGCGAGCUGCAGUGGACGUGAGCCGUGGUCACAACGUCCAGGGAUUUCGGCCAGUCCAGAUCCGCCACAAUGCUGCAAGCUCGAUAUUGAGGGCCAGAGGGCACACUAUGUAGGUGCCGUUGACAAGAACGAGGACGAGGCAGGUCGGGACAUGGCCCAAGCCAGGGACCAGCUGUGUGGGUCAGCCGCGUGUGACGGACGAAGAGAACGGCUUUUGCCUCGCAACAAACUAACAUGGAGCGUGUCCAGGCUUGGCGACCCGUCACCACCCGCGAGGAUCGGCGACUGUUGGUUGUGUGCGCAGAGGAGGCAAUGA